UCGGUAUUGAUUUGGAUCUUAAUUUUAUUCUUCCAAAUAUUAUCAAGGUUGAAGUAAUUGAAAAUUCUUUCAACUCAAAAGAUAAUUGUGAUUUUUAUAGUAUGAAACUUACACCUAAGUGUGAUUUAAUAUCAGAAAAUAUCCCUUUCUUUGGAAUUCCUAUAUUAAAUGAUUUAAAUUCAAACAAUUCGCUUGUUAUUGGACAUAAAUUUUGCAAAGCUCAAGCAGAUAAUGAAUUAGAAAUACACACAUUCUCUUAUUGUUUAAAAGAAAAUCGGUACGUUAAUUUACCCGAAUUUACUUUUCACACUCUUCUAAUUUUAAAUAAUCCUACUCCUGGUGACUAUGAGUUACUUCCUUUUAAGUUUAGUAGAAUGAAAAAAAAGCCAUUUAUUGAUCUUCAAUCACAAUCUAGUAGUUUAAAUCCAAGAUAUGUUAGCUUAUAUUUAUCAUCAAAUGUCAAUAAUAAUUAUAAACCAUUUUUUUUGAAUCAAAAGAUUAAGCAAAUUAAAAUAAAAUAUGUUGAUUGUAAUUGUGAUGAAGAUUGUUCUUUUUGUAAGAACAAAACACAGCAGAGAUUAUCAAAAAAUGAAAAUAAUGUUGAAUGCAUUGUAUACAACUGUUAGCAAUAACAAUAUAUGGUAUAAAAUCAUAUAUUUCAAAUUAAGUCAUCAAGUAAAUUAUUAAGUGUCUACAUUUUUCUAUUAUCAAUAUGUGAUUCGUUCAUUUUAAAUAACAUUGUAGGGUUUAUGUCGGAG